CUUCUAUGAUACGUGCAAAUAGACAGACUUGUUUGUACGUGGAAUUAAUUAACAACAAUGCUUAUCUUUCCUCUUUACCAUGCCAUUUAUACCGGCACGACAUCUUACUACAAUUAAAGGCUCAUCUACAAGUAAGAAGCCAGAAUGGCUAGCAAUACUACGAUAGCUGCAGUGACGAAUGCUACCAGCAUCAUGAUGACCACGUCCAUGUUGCCCAAUACGUCGUCUGAAAUCACUACUGCUGCCAGUAAUGUUACCCACCUAACGCCCCUGAUCUUCCUUCAGACGAAGGCCGCUCAGGGAAUAGCUGGCACAUUUGCCAUAGCUGCUAUCAUUAUCACCUGCCACCAGAUAUACCUCCACCUGCGCUACUACACGUGCCCCAACGAGCAGCGCUGGAUCAUCCGUAUUCUCUUCAUUGUUCCCAUCUACAGCUUCACUUCCUUCCUCAGCCUGAUGUUCUUCAGCAAUGAAAGCUAUUACGUGUACUUUGACAGUGUGCGUGAUUGCUAUGAAGCAUUUGUAAUUUAUAAUUUCCUGAGCCUGUGCUAUGAAUACCUUGGUGGGGAAAGCUCUAUUAUGUCGGAGAUUCGUGGAAAACCAAUCAAGUCAAGCUUUAUUUGGUGCACAUGCUGUUUAGCAGGCCGACAGUAUACCAUUGGUUUCCUGCGCUUCUGUAAACAGGCAACACUGCAGUUCUGUGUACUGAAGCCCCUAAUGGCCAUCGUGACCCUAGUACUACAGGCCUUCAACCUCUACAAGGACGGCAACUUUGCCGCUGACAGCGGUUACCUGUACAUUACGAUCAUCUACAACAUCUCAGUGAGUCUUGCCCUGUACGCUCUACUGGUGUUCUACUAUGCCACGCGCGAGAUGCUGAGUCCAUACGACCCAGUCUGGAAGUUCUGCACUGUCAAGUCUGUCAUCUUCCUGUCAUUCUGGCAAGGUGUCCUGCUGGCCAUUCUUGAGCAUGCAGGUGCAAUCAGCCCAAUCGACUCAGCAGGCGCAGGCACAGUCUCAGCGGGCUACCAGAAUUUCUUCGUCUGCAUCGAGAUGUUCUGCGCUUCGAUCGCCCUCCGCUUUGCGUUCCCCCACUCUGUGUACAGCUCGAGUCCCAGCAACACGACGGGCCGCACCGUGUCCCUGCAGAGCAUCUCAAGCAGCCUGAAGGAGACGAUGAACCCCCGGGACAUCAUGCAGGACGCCAUACACAACUUCCACCCGCACUACCAGCAGUACACGCAGCAGGGCAGCAAGGUGCCCCAGGACGAGGACCAGUAUGAGUCUGAAGGCUCCCGAGUGGGCUGGUCCUACGACCAGUACCAGCAUCGGGGCGACCGUGGUGGCGUUGCAGCGGGCGGGGCUGCACCGCGCAAUCUCCAAAAUGGGUCAGUGGUUGAUGAUCGGGCAGGAUCCAACAAGACUGACAGGGUCACAAAAAGUGGAGAUUACAAGUCAGGCUCUGUCUCGUCUGCAGGGUCAGAUGCACAGCCCCGGGGUCCGUCUCCCAGGGGACAAGGGGUGGGGCUCCCAUUAGGGAGGAGGUUCAAUGAGAAGACAACUCUACUGAGCUCUGACGAGGAAUUCCAGUGAACAAGCUCUUGUCUGUCUGGAAAUGGUUGUAGUGGAGUGGUGUCAUGGAUGAGAUAUUGCCAGAGUGAUGAUUUCAGAUCUGAGAACACAGGAUACAGCCUGUUAUUCAUGGAGUACAUGUUAGUGCUGUGUGUUGGCGAUUUGAUUGUAUUGUUAAAAUUAUUAUAGUAAAAAGAAUUUCUGCUUGAUCAUACAAUCAAAAGGAGUAGUUUAUGGUACAAUGGACCAACUGAAUUAGAAUGUGUCAUUGACAUUGAAAUUGUUUGAACAUGUUAACUUAAAGAUUUAAAUACGUUUUAUGUCAGUUAAAAGUUUUAUAUAUUUUAAUUAAAACAUUUUGCUUAGAUUAUUUUACAGGGAGUACUUAGAAAUCAGUUAUAAAAUCUCAUAACUUCAAAUCCUAUCAUUGUCAGGAAGAAAUGCAUGCUCCAAUCCAUGCAAUUCUUUGAAUGUAUCACACCAGUGAAUAUUUACCCUGCAAUGUACCACACCAGUGAAUAUUUACCGAGGUAUUUGCUUUAAAUGACUUACAGUUGUGAUGUUUAUCAUUGUUUCUUCACACACAUUUCCUGAAAAGUACUUUUUCAUUAUUGAAGUUAUUGGUAUUUGUUUGCUUAAUUAUGUUUAAAUUUAUUGUAUAUGUACCUCAUUAUUUUCAAUGGCUUAUGAAUGACACAGUGCUUCAAAACAUUAAAUGACCAAUUAAGCUUUCAAUUAUUAAAUUUGAUAAUUCUUUUGAGCAAAUGGGUCUAUGCCAUAUGCUGCCACUGCUAAUCAAGACCAGCCUGCGCAUCUAUGCAGUCUAGUCAGGAGCUACCCUGUUCUCUAAUGAGGCCACAAAACCACGCAGGACUUAAUAAUUGACAGCAUUCAUAUCUCAUGACCAGAGUGUGCCAUUGUGUAGGCUUGCCUGCAGAUACGCUGUCCACAUAUGGCAUAAGAUCAAAUUUUAAUCAAAUGCGGCUCAUUUUUAAAUCAAUUCUACCUGAAAGAAUUCAACAGAGAGUUAAGUCAUCAUAAUUUUUAAUGCUUAAAUAAUCCUUAAAUAUUAAAUAGGCAUGAUAAUUUUAUACAAUUUAUUAAUGUCUGAAGUUUACAGGAUGUAAGCUUAAUUUGGUUUUUGCAAUUUUGGCAACUUGGAAGUGUCAUAUAAUGGCAAAUUAUCUUCAUUUUGUCAAAUGACAUAGAUGUGAUAAUUGUUCAUUUGUAUUACUGUGGUCACAAAUAUGUUUUAAUUGUUUUGUUUCAGUUUUAAAUGUAUACAUGUUGAGCAUGAAAAACAACCAAAUACAAAUUCUAUAUUAUAUAUUUUUGUGUCAUCAUUUUUAUGUCCUUGUACAUAUCACUGUUUUGGUAGUAAGUGUAAUUGAUCUUCAGUGUUGUUAUACUCAUUUUUAAUAUUUUAUUGUUAAGAAAAACUAUUUACAUUUUGUAUGCGUUAACUAUAUAUACCAUUCCCAUGAAUUGGUUGUCUAAGCAAACAAGAGCCUGUCUUAGUUAACAUACUGUGACAAAUUAAAGUAAUGAUGCAAUUAUGUGAAAAGUUUAAUGGCAAGGCACCAUUCUCAAUUAUUAGGUAAUUUCAGGACUAUUAUUCAUUUCCAUUUAAUGGUUCACAUGUCCUUUAUUAAAGGGACGUUUUGAUGAUAAAUAUUUUAUUUCUGUGAGCAAGAAAUUCAGUUGCAGCUGAAACUUAGAUCUUUGAUACAAUAGAGCCCUAUAGAUAGUGGCACUGAGUGGCGCAUCCCUUACAUUCCGUUUGAAGCAUUACAGGAACUCUCAUUAUUCCACCUAUUGCUUCUUUGUUAGUAAUAUUAUUACAUUGUCAUUAACUCAAGCAAAAUCUGUCUGAUUAGCUUCUGGUGUAGUAAUUAACUUAUACCAAUUUGCAGCCAUACCAGAGGUUUUGCACACAUUUGAACAUUUGAGGCAAUAUUCAUGUACAACAUCUCCUUUGUUUUUAUUUAUUGUUUUAUUAGAAAAAUGUUGAGUUGUGUUUGUAUGUUGGUUAUAUUCUUGAAAGUGUUUGUGAAUAACUCGAUUUAUUAUUUACCAUUGUGCUGAAUGGAUUUAUUUAUUUAUGAAGCAGUUAAGUAGAUUUAUAUUUCCAGAUUUAAAGUUUUGGUAAAUGUUUUAAUUUAACAUAAGUUCCUUUGUGAGAUCCCUCCUUACUAUCCAGGUCAGCACUUAAGGUAUUUGUGAAGACUCAGCGAUGACCUGUUAAUAAUUUCUGACAUACACUCACUCCUUUCUAUCUAUUGAAGUAUUAGUUUAAGGUAGCGCACCCCUAAUGGGCACAUAUCCAAAUAUAAUUUUAUUAAUAAUUUUCCUAAUCAGCAUCAUUUCACUGAACUACAUGCAAAUUUAUAGGUAGGCUUUCCAUGCUUUUUAAAAAAAUAUACCGAUUUUUUCAAAACCACCCUCACGCUCGGCUUUUGUCCAGUUUAUUUUCACCCCUGGGGUAUAUAAAAGUUCCAUAAUUCAUUCAAAUUUCCAAAUAUAGGCAUGCAGUUGGUGUGUACAGAUGCAGUAAAGGUGUUUAAAGUUUAAACAAGAUGAAAUAAGUAUUCUUUUACAGACAUUUAUUUUUUACAAUUUUUUAUCUAUGGAAUAGCGCCAUGAAAUGUAAGUGAUUUCAGCCAAGUAAAAAUUGGGUCGGUUAAAAACAAAGUGUCAUAAAAUUCAAAAUAGUAUCAUUUAAGUUAUAUUUUAAACUUAUUUUUUAUAGAAACACUAUAUACAGCAAAAAUACCAAGAAAAAGACAGAUUUACCGUUUACUUUUUGAAAUAAAAAUAAAAAUGCAACAUGCAUCAUUCGUAUUUUCAGCAGUAAUUUACCCAAUUUAGCCAUAACGUUGUUUUAAUUAAAAAAAUUGAAGGAUGUUCUUACAAUUUUCAACACAUUUAACAAUAAACAUAGCUUAUAUGCUAUAUUAAAUCAAAUUACGUUAGAAAAGAAAUAAAACGCGUCGCAAAAAGUAUGCGAUGUCGGCAGGAUUUGGACCUGCGCUGGAAGAUCCCAAAAGAUUUCUAGUCCAUCGCCUUAACCACUCGGCCACGACAACUUCACAUCAGUGCAACCUUAAAUUAGAUAUGCAUAAAUAACAGGUAAAAAGGCUCAUCGAUCUUUGAAGAAAUCGCGAAAUCGUAUUUUUUAGAUGAUAAUUGGAUCAAAGUCAAUAUUUAUAGCGAAAAUUAUGUAUUCUAAAUGAAUUAGGUAAACACAUAUCAAGUUUGAAAAAAAUAAAAUGCAUCUCUCGGAAAUAACCGAUCAUUUAAGAUCUGCAAUGAUCGUAAAAUAAAUCACGGGAAAUCAUUAGAGGUGCGCUACCUUAAGUUUUCAGUAAAAUAACUUUAUAAAUACAAACUGCAUAUCAUGGAUGAUAUUAAUUUACUGUUUGUUUAUCAAUACACCAGUAAUUCAGGGUUUUGGUUUGUUAUAAAUUAUUGUUUAAAUAUACUUCUUGUUCAUGAUAUGAUAUCUUACAGUUGUUGACAACCAGAUUACAAACCCGUUUUACUGAAGUUAGAACAUGUUAUUUCGAGCAUAAACACUUCAGGGUUACACUUAAUCUUCAAGUACAUCUAGCAGUUAUUUUGGAUUUGAUCUUGUUUUAAUUGGAGCUAUAUUUUCUUAAUUUGUAUUGUUGUGAUAUUUUGAUUAAACAUGUAUUAUUCUAAAAAGUAUUUUACAUAACAAGUAUAGAUAAUUGUAUGUUUACGUCAAAUGUUUACAUAAUUCCAAGGUAAUGUUUUAUUUAUUUCAUAUUCACCACUCAAAAUGUGUAAAAUGAAUGAUGUUAUGUGGUUCAAUUUUAUUGGAUAUCUUAUAGCAAACAUUCUAGUUUAUGAUGAUUACAAAAUUAAGCAGUUUCAUUAGAGACAAUGUGAUGUUUUAUAAAUUACUCAUUCAAUUUAAUUCCAUAUGUUCUAUUUCUUACCUGUAUUUCAUUGAUAUUCUAGUCUGUGUGAUUCUAGAAAACUGUUAUGCAUGUUUCCAGCAAUUGUUAGCAACCACUUUAAACAACCUUUUGUGAUUUUACACUGUCAGCUUUUAAAACAUAAAAAUGGCAAAUACAUGAGUGAAUAUUAACUAUGAUGACCCAGUAAAUUUCAAACAUUCCUGAUCAGAGCAGUGAAGUGAUUGGUUACAUUUUACGGAGGGGUCAAUUUCUUCAUAAAGGAAACAAUUGCAUAAAAAAUUGAAACCCUAUCUCACUACAUAAUCACAAGUGCAAUACUGCAAUUGUUUAACUGUUUACAUGGUUGUCAGCUUCUGUAACCAUUGAUAGGUUAUAAGUCAUACAUGUAAUGAAUUUUGUUGGUAUACAGGAUGCACAAGGUACGAUAUCUCUUUAUGGGCUAUUUAAAAAUAGUUUUUUGUUUAUGUUUAAUUAUCAGAAAUCUAAUUUAUUGGCAAAAUAAUUGUUUGAUUAUAAGAAAUUUUGUAAUACAUAAUCUUAUGGUUAUUAUGUAUAUAAUCUUAUACAUAAUUACUUAUAAUCUUAUAAUACAUUAAAAAGUGUAUUGUUUUAUUAUCAGAUAUCAAUAUGUACGAUUGGUUUGUCAAUUAUUGUGUUUACAAACAAAAUUUAAUAUUUUAUCUUAAAACAAGUUAUAAGUAUGAUUGCUGGUUAAAAUAGAUUUUGCUUUCUUUUAUAUUAAAAUGCUUGCUGCUAUAUCUGCUGUUGGUCAUUCUGUAGGAAUGAGAGUGCUGGUGUAUACAUUUUUGUAUGCCCCCGGAUCGAAAGAUAUUGUUUUUGGCCUGUCUGUCUGUCUGUCAUUGUAUGUGUGUGUCCCAAAACUUUAACCUUCGUUAACGUUUGGUCAUAUCUUUUUUAAUAUUGAAGAUAGCAAACUUGAUAUUUGGCAGGCAUGUGUAUCUUAUAAAGCUGCACAUUUUAAGUGGUGAAAGGUCAAGGUCAUCCUUCAAGGUCAAAAGUCAAAAAAUACAAUCCAAGGGAAGUAAUAAGCUUUAAAAGGGAGAUAAUUUUUAAACCUGCCAAAUGAUAUAUUGAAAUUUUAUUUCAAAGCGGUGCAAUAGGGGGCAUUGUGUUUCUGACAAACACAUCUCUUGUUUCUUUCAAGAAUUGUUUAUAUGUGAACCUUUUGAACAAAUGGAUGCUUACGGCAAUUACAUAUUGUUACUGUAUUCCUAUUCCUUUUGCUGUACCUGUUUUGUCCAUUAUCCCUUGACCCCUCUGAAACUGUUGUUGUUUGUUUUUGUGCCAAUGAAUAAUGUUCAGAUGUCAUGAUGAUCGUAAAAUAAAAUAUUUCUUUUAA